GAUCUUAAACUUUUAUGUAUUGAACACCCAAAUUCUUUUAGUGUAUUGCCAAACUGGGUCUGGAGAACAGCCGGGGUCAACCCAAUUUGGUCGACGUCAUGACCUAGCUUAAUAACUUCUCACCGAUCCGAUCCGUUCCGAAGCCGAACCGAUCCAAUCCGAAUAUAAAGCAGGGCAAUCGAGACAUCGCAAACGGGUUUACGCACUCCAAGUUCAAUGCCUCGACUUCGACUUUUCAGGCCGACAAAAAAAAAAUUAAUAGAGCGUACGCCGGGGAGUGUAUGCCUCAUCGAUGAUGUAUAUACAAUAUUAUAUUAUUAUGCAUACAUAUAGAGUUGAAGUGCAUUUUGGAGCCCAACGCAGGGAGAGCACGCGCCAAAGUUAAACGAACUCGCGCAAAUGGCAGCCGGCACUUAAAAUGUGAGAAUCUUGUCAUUCUCCCUUCACAUUUGGCCAACAGCAGGAAAACAGGGCUUAAAUCCACUGGAUACCCUGUAUUUAAGAAGAUUCUAUACUAGGAUAGGACAAAGGAAAUAGGAAAUCCCAAUAUUUGUAUACCAUUUAAUCUACUUUAAAUGAUUUAAAUGAUAACAAUAUUAAAAGAAUAAUUAUAGUUUCCCCUUUACAAAUUUUUUUGGACUUUUUUCAGUGUACCUUUCAACCAUUUAAGAAUAGCGAACUCAUUCGAAUCUGGAUCAACUGGAGUUAUCUUAAUGAUUUCUGCACCUCUUCUUUGUUUUUGAUGUUUCUAGCUAAACUCUGCAUUUUUUAUUUUGUUUGUCUUUACUGCUAAUUGGUGCUAAUUUUGUUUAAAUUUGUUUUAAGUUCUUCAACCGGUUUAAGCCAACUAUGCUCUGCUUUUAUUAGUUUACUAUUUCUGCUCGCCUUGCUCUUUGGUUUAUGUUUUAGUUAGUGUUGUUCUUUUCUUAUCUUGGGUUUGUUUGCCUUUGGGUUCGCUUUGUAUAAUGCUUAAUUUCGUUCCUUUUUUUGGACUCUAUUCCACAGUUCAUUUAGUGUUCGGGCUUCAUUGGCAUUAGGUGUUACUUUUUAAUGAUUUUCCGUGUCGGUUAAUUUUUUAAGCUACUCUUAAUUUCGUCUAUUAGUUUAUUUCUUCCUGGGGCUGAUUUCAUUCAUAAAAGUGUAUUUAUUGGGUAUGCUAGAGUUUGCCACUUCAAUGCAAGAAGGAAUUCAAUUUUGAACAUUUUCAAUUGAUUUUGAAUACAAUUGAAUACAUAACAUAAAAAAAACUACAAUAUUAUUUCAAAAAAUCAAAAAAUGUUUUUUGAUGAUAUAGAAAAAACGUUAAGAGCCAUGUCACUUUAACAUCUGAUAAAAAUUAGAAAAGUUAUGGAAAUUGGAAAAGCGGUUGUAUCAUAAAAAUUGAAAAAAAAAAUGGGGGAAAAAGAUUAACUAAUGAUUAAUGGUUUCUACUGAUCGUUAAAGAAUUAAACUAUAAACUUAAAGAAGUUUGCCAACUGAAAAUCUGAAUAAAAUUAGAAAAGUUAUGUAUUUCCUUUGGAUUUUUCAUCAACAUUUAAUAGAGUCAAAAUAUAGAGUAUAUAUAUUUAUUUUUGGUUUUAAGAGUUCCAAGUUUAUUUACAAAACGUUUCCCCUAAUCCUGAUAAUAACUUUCCCUUCAACUCGUUUUAAUCACAGUACGCUCAUCACCGAAUACCCUACUCCCUUUGGUGGAUUGCAGGGUAUGUGGUUUAUAUGGCGAACGGGGUGGGUGGGGCAUCAUUUGGCGGCGGUGGCGCUGUAUUAACAGCAACAAAGGCAACCCACUGACGUCUGUGGGUGUGUGCGUAUAUGUGUGUGUGUUGUGUGGGUUUGUGAGGUAUUAUGGCACCUGAGUCACUGUCAUUGCCAGUCCAGUCCAGUCCAGUCGAGUCCAGAGCAGGAGCCAUGGCUUAAAAGCAACUCCCCCGAGCGAUGGCAGCUCAUUUGCCCACCAUUAGCCCAAUGCAGUCCACACAGAUCUCACACCUGCUCCACCAGCUCCUGUCGCUCCUGCCGCUCCUGCUCGUCCUCUUCCCGGCUGGAGCCCAAGGGGAUGCCAACCGACGCCUGUUGGACCAGAUCAGCCAGGUGGGGUUCGUCAAUGUCAUAGACCAGGCCACGCGACCCAAUGUACCCAAGGAUCAAACCAACUACGACUUCAUUGUGGUUGGAGCCGGAGCAGCUGGCAGCUCACUGGCGGCCCGUCUUUCGGAGAAUCCCCAGUGGAAAGUGGCCUUAAUUGAAGCAGGUGGUGUGGAGAACAUAGCCCACUUCGUGCCAACUCUGGCCGGGUAUCUGCAGCAGACAGCCUCGAAUUGGGGCUACAAGUCGGUGCCCCAAAAGCUCUCCUGCCAUGGAAUGCACAACAACGAGUGUGCUCUGCCCCGAGGAAAGGUCCUGGGAGGAACCAGCGCCAUCAACUACAUGAUCUACAAUCGGGGGAACCGAAGGGACUUCGAUGGCUGGGCGGCAGCUGGGAAUCCGGGCUGGAGUUACGAGGAGGUGCUUCCCUAUUUUCUGAGGAGUGAGAAUGCGCAGCUUCAGGGAUUGGAGCACUCGCCGUAUCACAAUCACAGUGGUCCCCUGAAUGUGGAAUAUGUGCGUUUUCGCUCCCAAAUGGUGGAUGCUUUCGUGGCGGCUUCCGUGGAAUCGGGAUUGCCUCGAACGGACUACAAUGGAGAAUCGCAGUACGGAGUAUCCUAUGUCCAGGCAACCACUUUGAAUGGCCGCAGACACUCGGCCUACUCGGCUUACCUAAAACCAGUGAGGGACUUCCGCUCCAACCUGCACAUUUUCACCUUUUCCCGAGUGACUCGUGUUCUCAUCGACGAGGCAACGAAUUCCGCCUACGGAGUGGAGUUCCACUAUGGAAAGAAGGCAUUCACCUUUAAGGCUCGCAAGGAGGUUAUCCUUUCAGCGGGGGCCUUCAACUCCCCACAACUACUGAUGCUAUCGGGCAUUGGACCAGAGGAUAAUCUCAAAGCCAUUGGGAUUCCCAUUGUAAAGGUUCUUCCAGUUGGCAAGAAGUUGUACGAUCACAUGUGCCACUUUGGACCCACUUUCGUGACCAACACCACGGGUCAAACCACCUUCACUUCAACGAUCACAGUUGCCGAGGUGGUAUCCUUCCUUCUGGCCGGGAAUCCAUCCACGCGAUUGAGUUCCAUUGGCGGAGUCGAGGCCCUGGCCUUCCUGAAAACCCAGCGAUCGAAUCUACCCAAGGAUUGGCCAGAUAUCGAGUUGAUAAUGGUCGGAGGCAGUUUGGCGAGUGACGAGGGCACCGGCCUCAAGUUGGGUGCCAAUUUCAAGCAGGAAAUAUACGACAGGAUGUACAGGGACUUAGCGCAGGCGCAACAGGAUCACUUCACACUGCUGGUGAUGCAGUUCCAUCCGCAGUCGGUGGGUCGUCUUUGGUUGCGGGAUCGCAAUCCACUGAGCUGGCCAAAGCUCGAUCCCAAGUACUUUGUGGCCGAGGAGGAUGUGGAGUUCCUGUUGGACGGGAUUAAGGCCAGUCUAAGGAUCAUCGAGAUGCCGGCGAUGCAGAGGAUCGGUGCGAGAUUGCUCAGGAGAACGGUGCCAGGAUGCGAGGGUCACGAGUUCGCCUCGGAUGACUAUUGGAGGUGUUCGAUUAGAACCCUUUCCUACACGCUCCACCACCAGGUGGCCACCUGUCGGAUGGGACCCGAAAGCGAUCCCACUAGUGUGGUCAACCACCAGCUGAAGGUGCACGGAAUGAGGAGACUCCGGGUGGUGGACACCAGCAUCAUCCCGGUGCCACCCACCGCCCACACGAAUGCGGCGGCAUUUAUGAUCGGUGAGAAGGCGGCGGACAUGAUACGAUCCGAGUGGAACUGAUUCAACCGAGAAUCAUUAAUAAACUGCGAUUCGAGAGACUCGAGAGCAGAACGCCAUAAAGACUCCAUUAUCGAAUUCGUAAUUUCGGAUUAAAUAAUGUCUCAAGUGAAAGUAGGUAGUCAAAGUAUAUUAUUUCACGCUUCUCCUGAAUGCAAACAUUAAAUUUGCAUGGCCAAUAAAUUAUAUUUAUUAACUUCGAUUAUAACUCAUGCGUUAAUUUCGUAUUAUUAAGUGUGUAAGGUUCAUAAAAAAAAUAAUAAAAGUGAUUUUUAAAAGAAAUAAAACACCGAAUUUAAAAUAGU